AAUGGUCCGUUCAUCUGCAAUGCUCUCGCCCGCCGACCAGCAGACGCCACCGUCCCCCACCAUCUCAAACAAGCGCAAGAAGGUUGAGGACGAGGACGGGCAGGGCCAGGCUAAGAAGCAGCGCACGCGCGUGAGCUUCUCCUGCGCCGAGUGCCACCGCAGGAAGCAGAAGUGCGACCGACAGAUCCCCUGCUCUCAUUGUAUCGCGCGCAAGGUCCCCGAACUGUGCAAGGCCUAUACCCCCGGCAAGCCAGACCAGGACCUCAACCUCCGCGUCGCCCGCCUCGAGCACAUCAUCGAGCAGGCUCUCCCCCAGUACUGGAACGGCAGCCGCCACUCUUCCUCCGCGCUCGACGAGGAUGCGCACGAAGAGCAGGACAUCACCACCGGCACCUUUCAGAGCGGCCGCUGGUACGGCAGCAGCGCGUCUACCAGCCUCGCCCCCCACUCGCUCAUCGAUCAGCUCUCGCAAGCAGGCAUCACCUCCCAGGGCCUUUCGCAACAAUCCGAGCCCAAGCUUCAGCCUCCGCCCCCCUCCGAUCACGAGACGUCCGCCGCCGAAAAGUUCAAGCUGCUCGUGCACGAAUGCGGCGUCCCCGCGCACAAGAUCUCUGAGCUCAUGCAGGAGCUGCCCCCCGCGCGCAUGUCUGACGUGCUCGUCGACUACUAUUUUUCGACGAUAAACUGGACACGCUAUCCCAUUUCCGAGCGCGAAUUCCGGGUGGCAUACGAUGCCGUGCGCGCGCACGGGAAUGAGGGGGCGUGCAACCCCAACGACGUCCGCUUCCUCCCCCUCCUCUUUGUCGUGCUCGCGAUCGCGUCUCGCCUCGCGCCUGACAGCAUCGCGGGCGACGCGCACCACAGACGGGCGGUCUCGUUGCGUUACUAUUGGUCGUCCCGACGCGCGUUGCUGAUAGCAGUCGCCAUCCAGCCCGACUCGCUGGAUAUUGUGCUGACUCGACUGCUGAGCGCGCGCUUCCUCACUUUUGACCGCCGUAUCACUGAAUGCUGGAGUCAGCUGGGCGCGGCUGUGCGGACGGCGCAAGCUUUGGGCCUACACCGCGAUGGAUCGACGAUGGGCAUGAACGCGCAGCUGGUCGAGUACCGGCGGCGGAUCUGGUCGUACCUGUACCACGCGGACCGGUCGUACGCGCUCGUGCUCGGCAGGCCGCACUCGAUCCAGGACGACUACACGUCGACGCUCGUUCCCUCACAUGUAGACGAGGACGCGGCGGCGGCAGCGAACGGCGUGCUGACGAUCUACCCCAUGACGCACCCGACGCGGCUGACGUUCAUCAUCCUGCGGCACUACCUCGCGAGCAUCAUCGGGCAGAUCGUGUCGCACUUCCAGCGCGUGCACCCGCCGCCGACGUACAGCGAGGUCGUGCAGCUCGACGACCAGCUGGUGCGCUUUAUCACGAAUCUGCCGCCGCAUUUUGCGCUCGACCCGGACCGCUCGCUGGACGAGACGCACCCGUACAUCCCGAUCCACCGCUUCCUGCUCAUCACGGAGAUCCUCUUCGUGCGCACGAGCCUGCACCGGCCGUACCUCCUGCGGCGGCUCAAGUCGGACCGCUACGACCGCUCGCGCCAGGCGUGCUUCGAGUCCGCGAUCCGCGACUUCGCCGUGCGCAAGGCCUUCCGCGAGUCCGUCCCGCAGGAGGCGCGCGACGCGCUGUCGAACGCGUACCGCGAGUUCCAGACGGCGAUGAUCAGCGGCAUCUACCUCCUGCUCAACCCGCACGGGCCGUACGCGAAGGACAUGCACGAGAUCCUCGACGGCUUCCUGCUCGACCACGAGGGGCAGCGCGAGAUGGACGAGACGACGCGGCGGGAGGUGAAGACGAUUGAGUUCUUGAAGGCGAAGGCGUCGCAGGCCGAGGCGCAGGACGCCACCUCCGUUGGCUCCGCGGGCUCGGACAGCUCCGCGCAGCUGCUGCUCGGGCUCAAGCAGGGCGGGGGCAGCACCGCCACCUACUCCCCCUCGCGCGGCGCGUUCAGCAGCCUCGGCCCGCACCCGCCGCCGCCGGGCCUGAACACGUCGCCGACCAUCCAGCGCCUCCAACACCAGGUCGCGGACUACCCCGUCGGCUCGCCCGUCUCCGGCGGCAGCCCCGCGGAGGACGGCGAGUCGAAGGCGCAGUCGCUGCUCGACCACUUCGUGCACACCAUGAGCAACGGGCCGCCCGUGGACCCGAUGUCCUCUGCGUUCUCUUGGGGCGGCUCGGGCGCGGGCGACUUUUCGGGCUGGGCGGGGGCGGGGGCGGCUGCGCCGCCCAUGACGGACCCGGCCCUGAUGGGCAUCGACGGUAAUGAGUGGAGCUACUGGGAGGCGCUGGUGAACCAUCUACAACGACAGCCCUAAUUGCUGGCUUAAUGACCGUAUGAUUUUUCUAUUCUGAGACUGCGACCUGACUGCUAUUGAUCUACUCAUGUAUUCUUGUAUACCGACUCUUGUGUUAUUGCUAGUGCUACCUGACCUUAUGAGAAUCAGCUUCAGUUCAUCAAA